CCAUGUUUGCAAGGUGGAGGAGCUCUCUGCAAAAACACCAGAAACAGAUAGAACAGGCUCUUGACCUACAUUUACACCUGGAGAGAUGCCACCUGCUGUUUGUCUUUAACACCUGGAAAGAGAACACUUGCCGAGCUGUGACCAUCAAACCCCUGGUCCAGAGGACAGAGCUGCAGCUACUGAUGAAGCACUUCUCGAGUUGGAGAACUUUGGCCAGACACAAAUCAAGAUGUCAAAUCUCAAAGCGCAUCUUCCAGACAACAGUUUUACGCAAGUUCUUCUGUUCCUGGAGACAAGCUCAUCAUUUUAACAUUCUGCGUCUGAUGCGUAAACAAUUUUAUGAGUGGAAGGAUAAAGCUGGAAAACAACAUCUUCACAAAGUGAUGAUUCAGGAGGAAAAGGAAGCCUACCAGCAACUAAAAAGACAGUAUUUCACAGCCUGGAUAGAAAAUACCAGGGAACAAGUUUUUGUACUUGAACAGCAAAUUGGCCUCUUUGAACAGAAGCAUGAUCAAACAAAACUCUGGCUAGUGUUCAUUUUUUGGAGGCGACACAUGCAGCUGAGUCUUAUCUCUCGUGCCUACCAGGUGAGCUACUCCCCGCGGCUGUUGCUGACCUUGUUCUCAGCCUGGCACCAGGUCACCAGAUCAUUAGGCUCUGAAGCUGUCCAGAAAUUUUCUGACAAGAUUGGAAUUUUCAAUGACUCCAGAACCGGAUGUGAACACUUGAAGAUAAAUGGUAUUAUGUGUUGUCAGUUUUACUAUUAUCACACUUCUACGUUUACAGUUUUAGACCACUCUUCUAUGCCCACAAUUUCAGAACUCUCAUCUACACCAACAGUUUUAGAACUGGAGCACAGGAUGAUCUUACUUUCUGGAGGACUACAGGCCUCUGCUGAUGUCUACAGCACAAAAUGUAAGAGGCUAAAGGAGACCGCAAUAACAGUAAUUCAUCGAUUGAAGCAUUGGCCUGUUUGUGUUGCAUUUGAGCAAUGGAAGCAGUUUAUGGCCAGGGAACACAUGAUGAAGUUAGCAUACAUCAAACUUCAUACUUUACACAUCUCAAGACAAAUGUCGAGCUAUUUUAGAGAAUGGAGGUGCAACUUCUCGGCAUCAAAAACUGCUACAGAACACCAG